GAAUCUGAGAAAAGCGGACGCACUUUAUGGACAAUCCCUUAUCUGGGGUGCCUUGACCCGCCCACUCCCAUCCAUGGCCGCAGGCAUGCACGCGCAGGAGUGGAUCACGACCAGCUCGGCGUGCUGGAUCGUGCACCAGCUUCUGCACGGCUGCGGCCCGUCGGGGACGGCGCCGACGACGGGGUCGAAGCCGGCAUCGCCUGCCUCCUGGAGACAGCGGACCGCCGAGCACUUCGAGUGGCACGUGUUCCCAAACGUGAACCCGGACGGCUACGAGUACUCGUUCAUGACGGUACAGGAGAACUGCCAAACCGCACCCCCAACAGAUGCCGGGGUAUACUCUACCACCAGAGUCCUCCGUGAUUACCCCCACCUCACUCACCUCACAGCGGGCAGCUCCACGACGCGCCACCCCUGCGCGCGGAACUUCCCCGGGCGCGCGCCGCUGAGCGAACCGGAGACGCGCGCGCUGGCCGACUACGUGCGCGCGCUUCGCCCCUCCCUCAAGGUGUACAUCAGCCUGCACUCGUCCAAGCAGAUGAUCCUCUUCCCGUGGGGAUGCUGCACGGAGCCGAGCGCCGACCACGACGAGUUGAUGGAGAUAGGCACUCGGGCGGCCAACGCUUUGGAGCGCGUACACGGCACUAAAUUCGUAGUCGGUCCAAUUUCAACAACCAUCUACAUGGCCCCCGGCAACAGCGUCGACUGGGCCUACUCCAUCGGCAUCAAGUACGCCUUCGCCAUGGAGCUGCGCAACCCCGUCCAGGCGGAGCGCUACGUCCGCGCGUCGGCCAUCGUCGACACCGGGGAGGAGACAUUCGAGGCCAUCAUCACCAUCCUGGCGGAGGUGGCGGGGAGGCUCGGCAGUGGCGGCGGCCAGCCCUCGGGCCAGCCCCAGCAGCGCGCCCCGCGCCCUCAACGCCCGCGAGCUCCGAAGCCAUCGCGCAGGCGGAAGCUGCACGCCAACGGCUCCACUAACGUCACGGUGGGUUGAACUGCUGCGGUCCUGUGAAGAGACUCCAAGAAAAUAAGAAAACCUCACAAGGAUGCCCAAGUAUUACUCUCCUGUCUCUUGUCGAAGGUACUUCGUAUAUUAAUU